CCUGACUGCUCUUUUCACACGCGAGUGCGACCUUUUCCCUCUCUGUUUACUCGAAUGGUUCCCUCUCCCCAGCUGUAUCGCAUCUGCGGUUGCUCUUGACACUGUCCGGCCAACAUUGUUGAACCUGGUUGACCGACAACUCGAGAAAAAAGUGUGGCUAUCAGGCCUGAUCUAUCCGCCCGGCCCUCUCCGACUGUCACUCCUGGCUACCUUCGACCGUCCAAAAAAACAGACCGUUGACCCGCCUAACCUUGAGCCCACCCAUACCUGCCACAGCCUGUCGAGUCCUGAGGUGAAAGAUUGUUAAGCUUUCACCGACACCCUCCUACGACUUCUUCCGUGUGGAAUAUUUUGGUUCUGGAACCCUGAAAAUCGGAGCUUAAUGGUGACAACAACGCGUCCCCGUCGGCCAGAAAUCUCAAGGUGUUGGGUUCUUUGACACACGUUGUUCGGUCCCGUUGCCGGGGUAGGAACGAUCGCGCCGUUUGCCCAAUAUCACAAGAGAAGCGCAUACCAGAAUGGUCUCUUCCCCUCCAGCCUCUCCUGACGGCGCGCGUCAGAUGCGACCUCAGAGCAUAUACUCUGCAUCGUCGCCGGAUCCUCUCCAGAAAAAUCGGCCCCAGAGCGUGGCUGGUCGCCCUCCCAGAAGCAAUAGUCGUAUGAGCCAGAGCAGCAAUCACAUUGGAAGCAGAGCCUCGGAUGAGGAUGUCAAAACUUCGGUCAAAGUUGUGGUCCGAGUUCGCCCCCCUCUAGGCCCUUCAGAUCCCGGAUUCGACCUUAUUCCACAAAGGUUCCAGCGGUCGAUGGUCCAAGUUAAUACAAAUACCAGCCUUGCCGUUGAGUCACCCCAGGGACGGAAGAUUUUCAUUUUCGACCGUGUGUUUGGUGAGGAUACCACUCAGAAUGCCGUGUGGGAAUACUUGCAAGACAGCGUCGAUUCGUUCUUGCAGGGCUACAACGUGUCUUUGCUCGCCUACGGCCAGUCUGGUGCCGGCAAAAGUUAUACUAUGGGCACAUCAGGUCCUGCAGAACAGUUCGAUAACUCUUUGAAAGGCGUUAUUCCUCGCGCAGCGCAUCACUUAUUUGAAAGUCUCAACGGCGGUCCUGCCCACAGCAGACACAAUUCCGGUCUCAAAACUCCAACCAGAUAUUCAGUCACAAGCUUGAAUCAGGUUAUGCAAACAUCCAAAUCAUUCAUUGACAGAGGAUGGGAUAUGUCGGUGACAUAUGUUGAGAUUUACAACGAACAACCGCGAGAUUUGCUCCUCCCAGAAGACGCGCCUUUUACCGAGAGAGCCAAUGUGCAGAUUCGCGAGGAUCCUCGUGGCCGGAUAUUUGUAGAAGGCCUCAAUUCAGUCCGCGUGUCCUCUAUGGAGGAACUCAUGCGAGUUUUAAACCAUGGAUCUGCUAUUCGGCAGACUGACGCAACGGCCAUCAACGCACGUUCUUCUCGUUCUCACGCCGUCUUCACAAUUAACCUGCGACAAACAAAAGCACAUGGUUUCCCUCCGGCAAAAGACAAACGAAUAUCAGUGCCAGUUGAUCAAUUAUCCGGAGGUGAUGCACCUAUGACGGUCGAGAGCAAGCUCCAUUUUGUCGACUUGGCAGGUAGUGAACGACUUAAGAAUACUGGAGCCACUGGCGACCGUGCGAGGGAAGGGAUUUCAAUCAAUGCUGGACUGGCGAGUCUAGGCAAAGUGAUUUCUCAGCUGUCAUCAAGAACACCAGGGACGUAUGUGUCGUACAGAGAUUCCAAAUUGACACGGAUGCUGCAAGACUCGCUAGGCGGGAAUGCAAUUACAUAUAUGAUUGCCUGCGUGACGCCCGCGGAAUUCCACCUCAGCGAGACACUGAACACGGUGCAGUAUGCUCAGCGGGCUAGAAACAUUCAAAGCAAACCCAAGAUCCAACAAGUUGAUGAUGGAGCAGACAAGCAAGCUGUGAUUGAACGACUGCGCACCGAAAUUGCGUUCCUAAGGCAGCAGAUCCGAAGCGCCGAAUCCAACGACCGCCGACCGGGUAUGAUGUCUGAGCGUGGAGAUCGACCCAACGAACGCGAAAACGAAUUACAGAAUCAGUUACUGGACAUCCAGGAAAGCUACAAUGCCCUCAGUCAGAGACACGCGAAAUUGGUCUCGGAGUUGACCAAAAGCACCGAGCCUGUUGAUCAAGUCAGUAUUGUCGGAGAAAGUGCAGUGGAUCGCUUGAAACGGUCGCAGGCCAAUCAAGCAAUGAUUGAGCAAGUGGUCAUGGAAUACGAAAAGACAAUCCAAAGUCUCGAGAACAAUCUUUCAAACACACGGUCGUCCCUCGCCAACACCGAAAGCAAUCUACUCGAAAAAGAGACGAAAUGUGCUUUCGUUGAGACAGUCAAUCAGCAAUUAAAUGCUAGAGUCCAGAAACUGAUGGACCGAGAGUCGAAUACCGAACAAUAUCUCCAUGACCUAGAGGCAAGGCUCGAUGACCAAAGUUCAGGAGGCGAAAAGAAUGAUGCUAUCAUCACAGAUCUGCGGAAGGAGAUUUCGCGGAUUAGAGAAAGCGAGACAAACGCUGAAGAUUAUAUCUGUACUCUGGAGGAGCGGCUAGCCGAGGCGGAUCAAGACAUGGAGAUUAUGCAACGCGAGAUUGAGAAACUCCAACACCUGGUUGAACGUCAACGCAGUCUCGGCAAACUGGACAAUCUGUUGUACGAGCUCGACCAUAUCCAAGACAAAGACGGAAAGGCCAAAGCUGCAAAUCCACAUACAAAUGGAGUCGUCGAGGAGCAUGAGAAAGACCUCCAAACGGCCGAGGCGACCGAACUACCGACCCAAGAAGACGGGGAACUGGAUGAGCGCGUGGAAGAUCUGCCGGAAGAAUUGCCUGCGGAAAGUGACCAAGCGGGUCUCGAAAAGCUCGAGACGGCCGUCGCUCAACAGGAGGGUCUCAAAGCUGAGCCUGAUCAGGAGCCUCUUCCAAGUCCCGCGCAGUCGAAGUUCGUCACUGAGAAGUUUGAGGCUGUCAGUCAAGAGUUGUUUGACCUCCGACUGGAGCAUGAAUCAACGGUUAAUGAAUUGGAUCUACUUUCGGCCAAAUACCAAGAAGCACUUCGAGCUCUGGCGGAGAUGCAUGAGUCAAUUGAUCAGGAACGCCAAAGUACAAUGUCUCCGCAGGAAGAUGGCGCUAAUGAAAGCACUCAAGAUCAAUCUUUUUUGGAGGAGGUCGAGGAGACGCAGGAAGACGAGGAUGGUCAGCAUUUGCCAUCCUCGCGAUCGCUCUCCUCGGAAUUGUCCAUGGCUGGGGAAUCAUCGACUUCAACCGAUACCGACAUCACGCCGGUCUCUAAGACCACUCAGUCUGUGGAGGUCCAAUUGCAAGAGGUUGAAAGGUUGCAAAAUCUUCUGGCGGAACACGAACGGAACAUGAAAGAUGUUACUGAUCAGUAUCACCAACUCCAGGCCGAUCACAAGGAAGCUUUGACCACUGUGGAACGCCUGAAGUCGCAGAUCAAGCAGACCAGGCCUGCAUCGCCUGGUACUCCGGGAAUGCUGAGACGCAUGACUUCACAAACCGGAACUGGGGUAGAUCGAGGCCAGCGAUCAGUUACCUCUCUUCGAACGCUGCUAGCCGAAGAGUUCGAGUCGAAGCCUGAUCGUAUGGAAACCGCGGAAGUGCAUCUCUCCUCUGCGAACACCGAACUUCAAGCACGCUUGGAACGAAUCCAAGCCCUGGAAGCGGAAGUCAAGACUGCAAAGAAAGAAAUGGAAGUAAAGUCGACCAUAAUUUCCGGCUUAACCAGAGAAAGGACCAGCAUCAAAGCGGGAUCUCCUGUCGACCUUAAUAUGGUGUCUCAAUUGAGAGAUCAGAUCAUCCAAAAAGAGACAGAGUUAAAAUCCCUACAUGAGGGCUAUGCUCGCCGUGAACAAGACCUUCAAGAAGAAAUCCAGAGAUUGCAUGAUGAAAAGGUCAACCUGCAGUCAGCUCCAUCGACGACCGAAAACGAGGAGAAGAUCAAUGCUCUGAAUCAGCAAAUAGAGGAAUUAAAGUCGAAGCUCGAGGCAGCGCAGCAAGCGGUUGAGGAGUCCGAAAGAAACUAUACGCGGACGAAGUCUGAAUUGGAAGUGGCUUUGGCAAGCAUUGCCACUCUGAAAGCUCAGCAAGCAGCCGGAGAAGGGGAUGAUGCUUCUAGCCGGGCUGCUGCUGCCAGCGCAAUGCAGACUGAGCGUGAUAACUACGAAGAACUUAUCAACAGCCUGAAGCAGCAACUGGAAGAACAACAAAAACUCAAUGCGGAACACUCAGCGAAGAACUCGGAACUUCGUCAACUCCAUGCCGCUCUCAGCAAGGAUUACGACGCCCAUGCUGAUAUGGUGAGAUCUCAGCAGCAAGAAAUCGCCACGCUGAAGGCAGAGAUUACAGAGCUCGAACGAAAGGUCAAGUUCGCAGAAGCGCAAGUUGAAACGACCAAGCAGAAUCUGAAGACUCUUCGCGAAGCUCAUGGCAAUGAGGUUGAGGAGAUGAAGUUGGCUCAUGCUGGUGCACUGGCCGGCUACGAUGAUCAAAUCUCUGACAUAACGACGAAGCAUGCGAAGCUCGAAGCGACCUACAAGGCAGAUCUUGAGCAUGCCUUAUCAACCGUACAGAAAAUCGUUUCCAAUGCUCAAGCAGCACUUGGCCACCCAACUACCGCAGAUAUGCUUGCAAGUCAUAUUCAAGAUCUGGUAGAGGAGAAACGUCAUGUCGCGGAGGCCAAUGUUCGACUGACUGGCACCAACGCGGAACUUGAACGGCAGCUAGACGGCAGACAGAGCUUGCUCGAGUUAGAAGAGGAGCUCGCAAAUGCCAAUCUCAAGAUCAGCAAUUACCAGGAUACCAUCCGAAGCCUUGCGAACGAGGUCGGAAAUCACGAAGAAACGAUCCGCGAGAAGGAGAACCUGCUAAAGAAGGCAGAAGCAAAUCUCCAGGCAGUCGAAUCGGAAAAGGCGAAGAAGUUGGUGAUUAUCGAAGAACUUGAGCAGCAGUUGCAGAAUAGCUUUGACCAACAUCACAACCGACUCUCCGUCAUCCAGGCACAAGGCAAUCAAGCUCUGAUUGAAGCCCAGCAACGUAUUGCUAGUCUGGAGAAGGAUCUCAAUCAACGCAUCUCCGUCAACGAGGCUGGAUCCGACAACGGCUCCCGCACCAACACAAUGAAGUCACAACAUCGUCCUCAGUCGCCGCCAGGUGAAGGGGUCCCCCGCUCCAACUCAAUGACUUCGAAUCUGAGGAAAUCCGCGUCCAUUGCAUCCUUACCGUCACCACCUCCGGCCAUUCCCCUUCCUCCUCUACCCGCUAUUCCUGGAAACCUUCAAGUCACAUCUCCGACACCGGCUUCUAGCAACCCCUCACCACCUCAAUCUCGCCAUGCGUCCAAGGAAGUUGCGCUCCCCGUAACCCCCGUGUCUGGCACUGUAGUGUCGACCAAUUCCCGGGAUCGACGCCAGUCUGCGCUGAUUGAGGAACAAGAAAACCGGUUGAGGACUAUUGAGAAACACCUCCACGCGGAGAAACAACUGACGGCGACAUUGGAAGAAGCGCUUGUGGAUCUUGAGACGCAAUCCAACAAAUUACGGGUUGACGCCGAGUCCUGGAAGAAGAAGGCGUGGGCAAUGGAAGAAGAACUUUCCGGGCUCAAAAAGGAGAGGAGAUCCGAGAGACUGAGUGUGCAGGCGGUGGAGGAAGAGGUCAAGAAGAGGAGAGAGGCCGAGGCGGCUAGGGCGCAACUCGAGGAGAGAAUGAGGCUGUUGACGGUGGGCAAGGACGGAAAGACGAAGAAACGAAAAGGAAGUUCGUUGAAUUGUUUCUAAGCUGGAGCGAGCGAGCAUUAGAUGGGGGUCAGCAUCACACACACAUCUUUGAGGAAUUUUGAUUUUGUUUGGCGAAUUGGGCCCGAUGAAGCUGGCUGGCUGGUGGCAAGUUUUGAUGUGUUACGCGAGGCAUUCUCUCCCUCAUUUUUCUUCCCUUUUGUUGGGUCGGAUAUGCUCGAGCAAUCUGAAAACUAAGCGAGUUCAGCUGGGCGAAUGGAGUAAUGUUUUUGGGGACGGGGGGUUCGCAAAAGGGGAAUCCGGCAAGAGAUGAAGGAUGAAAGAGAGAGAGAGAGGGAGGGAGAGGGAGGGAGAGGGAGAGUAUUUGUCGUUGGGAGAUGCGAUGCUCCACGCCCAUCCGCCCAUCCAUCCAUCCAUUCACUCGACUUUUGAUUUUCCUUGUGUUUAUUUGAUUGUUGGAUUCUCGCUGGCUGCUUGCCGCCAACCAAUCAACCAACCAAUCAACCAACCAACCCAUUGUCAAUAUGGUAUGUACACAUAAUGAUGAGCUCAGGAGAUGUUUGCUUUUUUCUGCCCUGCCCACCAGAAUGAGAAGGUUUCCCUGUCAGGCCAGCGGGCGGGAGGGCUGGGCUGGGGGUCAUGGCGUGAAGGACAUAGAGCAGAG